AUGGCGUCUACUGAGAUAGCAAGGCAAGCGGGUGAAGGUGCUCGUGCUGUUCCUCUGUCAGGCCAUGUUGGCUUUGACAGUAUGCCUGACCAGCUGGUCAACAAAUCUGUAAACCAUGGCUUCUGCUUCAACAUCCUCUGCAUUGGCGAGACUGGUCUGGGAAAAUCCACUUUAAUGGACACUUUAUUCAACACAAAGUUUGAAGGUGACCCGAACCAGCACAAUCAGCCAGGAGUUACCCUCAAGUCAAAUACCUAUGAGCUGCAGGAGAGCAAUGUGCGUCUGAAACUCACUGUUGUUAAUACAGUGGGCUUUGGGGACCAGAUCAAUAAAGAUGAAAGCUACAAACCCAUUGUGGAUUUUAUUGAUACUCAGUUUGAAGCAUAUCUUCAGGAGGAGCUGAAAAUUAAGCGGACCUUGCACAAUUACCAUGACAGCCGCAUUCAUGCUUGCUUGUACUUCAUUGCACCUACUGGACACUCUCUUAAAUCCCUGGACCUGGUCACAAUGAAGAAACUGGAUAGUAAGGUUAAUAUCAUCCCCAUUAUUGCUAAGUCUGAUGCCAUCUCUAAGAGUGAGCUGGCCAAGUUCAAAAUCAAAAUCACAAGUGAGCUGGUGAGCAAUGGAGUGCAAAUCUAUCAGUUCCCUACUGACGACGAGUCCGUGGCCGAGAUCAACUCCUCAAUGAAUAGCCAUUUGCCUUUUGCUGUGGUGGGGAGCACAGAGGAGGUGAAGAUUGGAAACAAGAUGGUGAAGGCCCGGCAGUACCCCUGGGGGACCGUGCAGGUGGAGAAUGAGAAUCACUGUGACUUUGUUAAACUACGGGAAAUGCUGAUCAGAGUAAACAUGGAGGACUUGCGGGAGCAGACACAUGCGCGUCACUAUGAGCUUUAUCGCCGCUGCAAACUGGAAGAGAUGGGCUUCAAAGAUACAGACCCGGACAGCAAGCCAUUUAGUCUCCAGGAAACAUAUGAGGCAAAGCGAAAUGAGUUUAUGGGUGAGCUGCAGAAAAAGGAGGAGGAAAUGAGGCAAAUGUUUGUCCAGAGAGUGAAAGAGAAGGAGGCGGAGCUGAAAGAGGCUGAGAAGGAGCUGCAUGAAAAGUUUGACAGCCUGAAGAAACUCCAUCAAGAUGAGAAAAAGAAACUCGAGGAAAAGAAGAAGUCCUUGGAUGAUGAGCUCAACAUGUUCAAACAGAAAAAGACUGCGGCAGAGCUACUGUUGAACCAGGCGCAGCAGGCAGGGGCUUCUACCACACUUAAGAGGGACAAAGAGAGGAAAAACUUCUUUUAA